UCCGGCUCGUCGCUUUCUCCGUCGCGCACCAUGGCGUUUGUCACCCGACAGUUCGUGCGCUCCAUGUCCUCCUCUGCCAGCGCCGCGGCCUCGGCGAAGAAAAUCGUCAUCAAGCACGUGACUGUGCUCGGCGGCGGGCUCAUGGGCUCCGGGAUCGCCCAGGUGGCCGCAGCCUCUGGCCACACGGUCGUGUUGGUAGACCAGACGGAUGAGAUCCUGGCAAAAUCCAAAAAGAGCAUUGAAGAGAGCCUUAAGAAGGUGGCAAAGAAGAAGUUUGCAGAGGACCCCAAGGCUGGCGCCAGCUUUGUGGAGAAGACCCUGAACAGCAUCACGACCACCACGGAUGCCGCGUCCGUGGUGCACAGCUCGGACCUGGUGGUGGAGGCCAUCGUGGAGAACCUGAAGGUGAAGAACGAGCUCUUCCAGAGGCUGGACAAGUUUGCCGCUGAACACACCAUCUUCGCCAGCAACACUUCCUCCUUGCAGAUCACGAGCAUGGCCAAUGCCACCACCAGGCAGGACCGCUUUGCUGGCCUGCACUUCUUCAACCCGGUGCCCAUGAUGAAGCUGGUGGAGAUCAUCAAGACCCCCAUGACCAGCCAGAAGACAUUUGAGUCCCUGGUGGACUUCACCAAAGCCAUCGGAAAGCAUCCUGUUUCCUGCAAGGACACGCCUGGGUUUAUUGUGAACCGUCUCCUGGUGCCGUACCUCAUGGAAGCAGUCCGGCUAUAUGAACGAGGCGACGCGUCCAAGGAGGACAUUGACAUCGCCAUGAAGCUGGGAGCCGGUUACCCCAUGGGCCCGUUUGAACUGCUUGACUACGUGGGGCUGGAUACUACAAAGUUCAUCAUAGACGGGUGGCAUGAAAUGGAUUCGAAGAACCCCCUGUUUCAGCCCAGCCAGUCCAUGAAUAAGCUGGUAGCUGAGAAGAAGUUUGGCAAGAAGACCGGAGAAGGGUAUUACAAGUACAAGUGAUUCAGCCUUGGGCUGUGGGAAGGACCCACGCAGCGAGGGCAGGCCAGCCCAUUCCCCUGUGGACCAUGGGGGGGACUGUUGCCCGAGCAGCGCCCUCAUGCAGCCUUGAAUGCGUUUUGAUUGUAAUCUUUCAAUCAAAUAUCUGUGUACAUGACUUAAUGGUGAUCACGGAUUCCUCCCUAGAGAAUAAUCUUUGCCUUUUAAAAAAAUCUCUUCCUGUGUGUUUUCUAAAACAAGUUUUCCACCCUGAUGCCUUAGAGCAGCCUUCUUUGGGACCUUGUCAUUUUCAUGAAGAAUCAUCUGAGUUCGUUCCCUGUGAAGGGACCGUACGUGCCUGGGUGGCCACACUGGCCGGGGGCCUCAAGCCGUUGGCAUGACACGGGGUGGCUGGGAGGGGGCUGCACGUAGCACCGCAUCUUGCCUUCAUGCAGUACUUGGCCACCGGCAGCUCCGAGCCACCCCCUACCUUCUGGGCACAUGGUCAUCGCCAGCACUGUCGACCUUUAGCGGCGGCCACUGCGCAGGUGGGCCCCCCCCCCCCGGGUGCUCGGUGUGUGGGAAGAGGCUCUGUGCCUGCUCAUUCAGAGCUACGAUCUCAUGGUUGCCGUCUCUUUUUCCUGAGAAAUCAGUGCUGCAAACUGCCUAACAAUGGACUCUAAUAAAGUGCCUUCUUUUCAUCUGUAAAAAUUGAAAUUGAAAUAAACAUGUACGGCUCAC